CUCCCCCUUUUUUUUUUGAAAAGAAGAGAAUAUUUGCUGCGUUAAGUUGAGGCAUCGUCAUCGUGAAACGUGCAGCUCCGGAAAUAAAAAAAAUCACUAAAAUAACCAGAUCCGAUCUACUGCCCCGGUUUCUCGCCGGAAUCUCCAUACUGUAACCGGCGAUCCUCUUUCAGUUAUGGAAGACGUGAAGGGGAAGGAGAUUACUGAUGAUGCUCCUAUUGACAACAAGGUUUCAGAUGAAAUGGAGAGUGAGGAAAAUGCGAUCAAGAAAAAGUAUGGAGGAUUGUUGCCAAAGAAGAUUCCGUUGAUAUCUAAGGACCAUGAACGCGCGUUUUUUGACUCCGCUGAUUGGGCUUUAGGCAAGCAAAAAGGUCAGAAACCGAAAGGACCUUUGGAAGCUCUCCGCCCAAAACUGCAGCCAACCCCGCAUCAGCAACCAAGAGCAAGACGAAUGGCUUAUUCUUCAGGCGAGACUGAAGACUCUGAGACUGAUAACAACGAAUCUCCCGAUGACCAAGCCUGCGCAUCUGCUGUUGACAAUACAAAUUUAAAGGACGAUGGAGGCAGCGAUGGUGACGCGAAAGACAACAUCAAAUCAUGAACAACAUAUAGAUCUCUUGAGAAGCUCAAACAAACAACAUCACAAGUCAAUUUACAGAAGAAUAAGCGACCAGGUUUGCUUUGCAACGGUUGUAAUAUCAAGUCUCUUACCUUAUCAUACUUGGGACAGCAAAUCUGUAUCACUUAACAAACCUCGUGGCUCCGAACGUCUAUUGGACGAUUGCAAAUGAUUUGCUUUAAUUAAUGAUCCAUCAAAUCCCUCGUAA